AUGGAAGGGCUAAUGAAGAAAUACGUCAUCAUACAUAAAGUAGCUACGGCCUACCACCCACAGACAAACGGCCAAGCCAAAGUCUCCAACCGGGAGAUCAAGUGUGUACAAGAAAGGAUUGUGAAGCCCAAUAGAAAAGAUUGGAGUGCUAAGCUUACCGACGCACUAUGGGCAUACCGAACGGCAUACAAGACACCGAUUGGCAUGAGCCCCUUUCAGUUGGUCUAUGGCAAAGCUUGCCACUUACCGAUGGAGACAGAGCACAAGGCAUAUUGGGCCGUCAAGGAGUGCAAUCCAAGUUUAGGCGGGGCUGGAGUUGAGAGGAAGCUACAAAUAGCGUAA